AUGCUUGACGCAUUUAGAAUCAAGGAGUUCGACCUUGAGCCCGUAUACGAAUCGUGGAAGAACCCUCCGAUGUUUCUUGGCAAUCCGAAGAAGGAUCCGCCGGUCGACGAAUGGUUGGCCCAGAUUAAAGCCGGCUGCAUCGAGCGCAAAGUCCCGCAGGAGUACUGGUACAAGGUUGGCCAGCGUUACCUCGGUGACAAGGCGCGCGCACGAUUGAACGAGCUGAAGGCCGUUCUCCGGAACAUGCACGGCGGAAAGUACAGAUGGAAUUGGAAGAAGUUCAAGGUGGCUAUGCGGAACAUGGGUUGGGAUAUUGAUUCACAGAAGACAGAGACCAUCAAAGUCCAGAGCAAGCCAUCUGGAAUAUGGUGGGUCAUCAGCGGAAGGGAAAAGGAGGCCCCUGGAGACGAUGACGGCAAAGGGGAGAAGGUGGAGGGCAAGGUCGUGGAGAGUCACCAGAAAGAGAAAGCCAAGGGGAAGGCUGAGAAGCCGAUCGAGGCCCCGAGCACCACUACGACUAGAACGAUGGCGGGGUGGCUCUCGCGAUCGCCCUCGGGGUCGUCCGUCAAGACCAUAUCGUCAACUCACAGCGCUGGGAAGGAUUCCGACAAAGGUGACACCGCAAGCUCCCCUGGCGAAGUCACCACGACCGUCGCUCAUGCCCCGGUCUGGCUCUUAAACGCCUGCAAUGCUCUUGAUUUCCUGACCACCGAGCAUCCGAAGGCUAUGAGCGCCGUCUCUGCGGUCCUUAUCACCGUCGGUACUCUCCCUGCCAUACCCGCACUCGCCGGUGGAGCAGGAGGCGCAAUUCUCGCUUCACAUGCUGUUCAAGCUGCUGGAGCUAUCGCUGUCGGCUUGGGAAACUGGCUCAAAGCAUCGCAGGAAGCCAGUGCUGCAAGACUUGCAGGGGGUGCCAGCGGCCCUUCUAGCCGAUAG